UCUGGGUAAUCUGCGCGAACGUCCUUCGUGAAUGGCUCUACCGAACAACGUGGGCUGUGGAUGUGGCACCGAGGGACGACCGGCCACACCGACUACGUGUCUCCUCUCUACAGUGCACCACCAAGUGUAGCUGUGUGGCUCAUUCUCUACCUAUUCACAUAGUCGGUGGUCCUCAGGUGGCACAGCCAUGUUUGCCAGGCUGGCCUUGUGUUCUCACCUGCAGUCCAGAAUCCGGCAGUCGUAUGUCUGUCCGGUCUCCAGCAGAGCGUUUUCCCAGGCUAAAUUCUCGCUCCCACGUCCCCAUGGGAAGUCUUUCGCCCACCGCAGCGAGCUGAAGCAGGCCAAACGCAUCGUAGUGAAGCUGGGGAGUGCUGUGGUCACCCGUGGAGAUGAGUGUGGUUUGGCACUGGGGCGACUGGCCUCGAUAGUAGAGCAGGUGUCCAUGUUGCAGAACCAAGGAAGGGAGAUGAUGAUUGUUACGAGCGGUGCAGUGGCAUUUGGGAAACAGCGGCUGAGACAUGAAAUAUUGCUGUCUCAGAGUGUCAGGCAAGCCUUGCAUUCUGGACAGAAUCAGCUCAAAGACAUGUCAGUUCCAGUUUUGGAGGCAAGGGCGUGUGCAGCUGCUGGACAGAGCGGUCUGAUGGCGUUGUACGAAGCCAUGUUCACCCAGUACAGCAUCUGCACAGCACAGAUUCUGGUCACCAACCUAGAUUUCCACGAUGAGCAAAAGCGACGCAACCUGAACAGCACACUGCACGAGCUGCUGCGGAUGAACAUCGUCCCCAUCAUCAACACCAACGAUGCCGUUGUUCCGCCCCCUGUUCCGAACAGUGACCUGCAGGGGGUAAAUGUAAUAAGCAUUAAAGAUAAUGACAGCUUGGCUGCACGGCUGGCUGUGGAAAUGAAAGUGGACCUUCUUAUCGCCCUGUCUGAUGUUGAAGGUUUGUAUGACAGUCCCCCAGGAACAGACGAUGCCAAGCUCAUUGACAUAUUCUAUCCUGGAGACCAGCAGUCAAUCACGUAUGGCACAAAGUCCAGAGUCGGUAUUGGUGGCAUGGAAGCCAAGGUCAAAGCAGCCCUCUGGGCGCUUCAAGGUGGGACCUCCGUCGUCAUCGCCAACGGCACAUACCCUAAAGUCACAGGCCAUGUGAUAACAGACAUUGUCGAAGGGAAGAAAGUUGGCACCUUCUUCUCGGAAGUGAAACCUGCAGGUCCAACGGUGGAGCAGCAGACGGAGAUGGCCCGACAUGCAGGCAGGACUCUGGCCUCCCUGCUCCCUGAACAGAGAGGAGAAAUCAUCUGUUGUCUUGCUGAGCUGCUCACAGAGAAGAAAGAUGAGAUUCUUAGUGCCAACAAGAAAGACAUGGAGAUGGCAACAUUAUCAGGUCGUUUCUCCCAGCCUCUGAUCAACCGGCUGAGUCUGUCCACUGCUAAGCUCAACAGCCUUGCCAUCGGCCUGCGUCAGCUCGCUGUGUCCUCCAGGGACAGCGUGGGUCGUGUCCUGAGGAGGACCAGGGUGGCCAACAACCUGGAGCUGGAACAGAUCACUGUCCCCAUCGGCGUCCUGCUGGUCAUCUUUGAGUCACGUCCUGACUGUCUCCCACAGGUGUCGGCGCUAGCAAUUGCCAGUGGAAACGCGUUGCUCCUGAAGGGGGGUAAAGAAGCUACCAACACCAAUAAAAUUCUUCACCAACUCACUCAGGAAGCACUUUCAAUUCAUGGAGUGUCGGAUGCCAUUCAACUGGUGAGCACUCGUGAAGAAGUCGAGGACCUGUGUAGACUGGACAAGAUGAUAGACCUGAUCAUUCCAAGGGGUUCAUCCCAGCUGGUGCGGGACAUCCAGAGGGCGGCCAAGGGCAUCCCUGUGUUGGGCCACAGUGAGGGUGUCUGCCACGUCUACAUAGACAACGAUGCCAGCAUAGACAAAGCUAUAGAUAUUGUCAGAGACUCCAAAUGUGACUACCCUGCAGCCUGCAAUGCCAUGGAAACCCUCCUCAUUCACAGAGAUUUGCUGCGCACUCCUAUGUUUGACCAAAUCAUUGACAUGUUGAGAACGGAAGAAGUAAAGAUUCAUGCAGGACCGAAGUUUGCAUCCUAUUUAACUUUCAGUCCAUCUGAGGUGAAGUCUCUCAGGACAGAGUAUGGGGACCUGGAGUGCUGCAUCGAGGUGGUAGACGGCAUGCAGGACGCCAUAGAUCACAUCCACAAAUAUGGCAGCUCCCACACCGACGUCAUCGUUACAGAGAAUGAAGAAACAGCAGAACAGUUUCUGCAGCAGGUGGACAGCGCCUGUGUAUUCUGGAACUCCAGUUCGCGCUUUGCAGACGGCUACCGCUUCGGCUUAGGAGCCGAGGUUGGUAUCAGUACGGCACGGAUACAUGCCAGAGGUCCGGUGGGUUUGGAGGGACUUCUGACCACCAAAUGGGUCCUACGAGGGGAGGGACACACGGUAGCUGAUUUUUCAGAGCAAGGCAGUAUGAAAUACCUUCAUGAAAACAUCCCUAUUCCCCAAGGAAGUUUUAGUUAGGUGCCCAAAAAAACAAGCCAUCAACCAGAGUCAAGGUAGCAGCUGUCUACCCAGAGUAUAUGUAAAGGUUUGUGUCUGCCAGUGGCAUUUCAGCUCAUUAGCUGCUGCUUCAUUACCUGUAUAAAUCCACUUCCAUGCAGAAUGGAGGCUACUUUUAUCAGACAACCUAGUUCCCAGAUUGUCUAACCUGUGCCUAAACCUGUAAAUCAAGUUGUUUUCAAAUACGUACCAAUCUCCUGGUAUGUAUGUCUUCUGAGGAAUUGACUGGUUGUUGCUAAGAGAACUGUAUUGUGCUAAAAAGAAAGCAAGACUUAACAUGGACACGGACAAAGCUCUUUCCACUGUAUGGUCAUAUUUUAUAGCUGCAGAUAAAGAAAUCAUGCCCCAGCUGUGAUUUUCUAAUUUAUUUUUCUACAUUAAGACUCCCUUGGUCUUUUUUUUUUUUUUUUUAAUUUUACUGUUUGUGCAGGAUCUUGAUGCAGGUUCGUUUUGCUGUCCUUCCUCUUUUCACAGAUAAUUUAAUAAAUAUGCUGUACAGUUGUUUAAACCUGAA